UUGUGGUCGUUUGCAUAUUCUUCUUCCUGGCUUUUCUCUCAUGCUGAGGGAGGAUCCAGGAAUGCUGCCAGCUGGUGACACAAGUAAUGCUCCACUGACACACAACAGCAGCGAGACACAAAAGGAAGACACGUUAACCUGCUACAGCCGACAUGCCUCAGUAUUCAGACUUGGAGAAGGCCAUCAACACACUGGUCACCCAGUUCCACUCUGCUUCAGCUGACAAUGGUCCGACGCUGAAAACUGAUGAAUUCAAAGGUCUUUUGUCCCAGAUGCCUAAUCUUGUAAAGGGUAUUGGCACAGAUCAGGGACUGGGUGAGAUCCUGCGGAAGAUGGGUGUCGGUGAUGGCGAGGGCAUCUCUUUCAAGCAUUUCUGGAACUUAAUCCAGACAGUAGCCACCACGCAGCAUGGCCUCCUCAGCGGCCAGAAGGGCACCUCCUGCAGCUGCAUCCUACUGUGAAGAGCGGACUCUCAGCCCAACACAUCGAGCUCCGAGUUUCCACUCUGCACUUUGACUAAACAGAGCAACAAUACGCAUAUCAUUGUCUUCAUUAUGAGUCAGAAUACAAAAGUACAAUGUCUUAUUUGGCACAGAAAGCCGUUUCCAGCCUGAAACAUUACAGUUUUAAAAUGCUCUGAUCUCUUCUGUCUUUAUAUUGUCAAUUAUCAUUCGUACCAGUUCAACGUCAGGCUAAGAAAUUGCAAUUUUGUAAAUUCUCAAAUUGUAUAAAUCUAUUGGUUGCCAUAUUUUUAAAGGAAAUUUUUGCUUUCAUGUAGUUUUUGAUAAAGCAGUCAUCUCUUCCUCAUUCUUAGUGCCAAACAACAUCUCUAAGUAGCCAUUUGUUAAUUGUGAAAACAGUUAUUUGGUUUAUCAUAUUGAACAUGCUAAUAUUGGUUUCAGUUUGUGUUGCAAGGCUGGUACACCUGACUGUGGCAUUCUUAUUAGCCCUGGAAGGUUAGAUGCCCUUCUUUUGAGUUCAAGAUACACAGGCCGUUCUAUGGGUGCAAGAUCACAAAAUGUCCAUUGGAGGGGGACAACAAUUUGUCAAAGCCUCCUAACAGUAUCUGUCUAACAUGGUGACAGCUGAUGCAGUUGGUAUCACCACUAUUUGAGUGAUUUAUCUUGUCUUGCCACUUUCUAUCACAACAGAACCAAAGCUAAUCUGGGGACAGUAACUGUUGCAAAAGGCUGCUUUUCACUAUCACAGUCACAAUAUUUACCACAUUUUCACUUUCCAGCAUUUGCACCAUGUUUGUUUUUUUGUGUCUAAUUGUGAUUCGUGGUGACUUCAGUCGGGUCACGUUAACUUAAACAGUGGUAGAAGAAUGAAUGGCCCAUAGCUGUGGUAUUUACAUUUUCAUAGCUUAAAAGUCUGAAGACAAAAUUGUUGAAGUCCACAAAAGGGAACCAUAGCCUUAAAGAGGAAGAUGAUGCAACAUCACUGACAAUUACAGCAUAUGGAACAAGAACAGGCUUUUAGGAUGUAAUGGUCACGGGUAUAUAAUUAACCAUCUGAGUGCCUGGGAUACAGUUUAUAUGUUAAUAUAGUGUGGCCAACUUUGCAUAUGGAAAAGACUAACUCAUAAUCACCACAUACUACCAUCUGAAGGCUUCAGUACAAUAGUAUGUGUCAUCAAAUGGAAUUUAGACCAGGUUGUUAUAAAAAAUAGAGUAAGAACUUCCUUUUGACUUUAGAAACACUGAAACAUUUAAAUAGAAUUUCUUUAUUGGUUUGUGCAGAACUGACUUCAGGGUAAAUUAUCACUGCAAUUCUCUAUCCAUCUCAGUUUGAGCUAAUAUGCAUCAGUUACAAAACAUUAGUGGUUUGGAUUAUUUCUAAAUGUCAAUAGUUUUUGCCAUCUCAAUUUGUGUCUUUUUGUCCCUCAUAGUAGUAUUGCUUGUAGUCCUGCAUUUUACAUGUAUUUAUAUUUUGUUAUUCUCUGUAUUCUGACCUGUGGAACAUCAUAAGAAAAAUGAAGUCACAAAUAUAUCAAGAGAUGUCCAAUACUACAUGUGUAUUGCAUUUGCUUCAUAGGGAAAAAUAAUUCACACCGUGUAAGUGUCAUUUUUAUGAAAAUCUUAACCUAUCUUGUGGUCCAUGGAAUGCUUAUUAGAUACAUUUUCCAUAUGUGGAAAACAAAAGAAUAGUAUAAUGACCUGAAUUUAAUUUCCUAGUUUUCUGUUGUUUGUUUUUUAAAUAGGAAAUAAGCAUUAUCCAAACCUAAAGGAUUUUUUUCAACAUUGUCUUUUUUUUUCAAUAUAUACAUAAAGAGAAAGGAAAUAAAACACAAAAAGUCAAACAAAAUACAUCAAACAGUUCCCUCCAACCAACAGAUGCCAAUUCACAUUGUAUAAAAGCUGCGUGUUUUAUUUGCAAAAUUAAUAAAGAAUCCCCAAACUUC